GCAAGCCUGUGUCCAGCCUAAGGCUCCCUCCCUUCCACUACAGCAAAUCCAAAUACUAUAGAGUCCGAGUGGAGCAAGCGAACUGAGUGGUUGUGUAGCUGCGUCUCGGGGAGACCGGUAGCGCUUGCAGCAUGGCUGACCAACCAACAGAAGAAGCUUUUUCACUAUUUGACAAGGAUGGUGAUGGAACUACUACUAUAACAACAAAGGAAUUAAGAGCUGUAAUGAGGUCUCUUGGGCAGAAUCCCACAGAAGCAGAGUUACAGGACAUGAUAAAUGCAGUGGAUGCUGAUGGUAAUGGCACAAUCGACUUCCCAGAAUUUCUGACAAUGAUGGCAAGAAAAAUGAAAGACACAGACAGGGAAGAAGAAAUGCGAGAAGCAUUCCGCGUGUUUGAUAAGGACGGCAGUGGCUAUAUUAGUGCAGCAGAGCUUCGCCAUGUGACGACAAACCUUGGAGAGAAGUUAACAGAUGAAGAGGUUGAUGAAAUGAUCAGGGAAGCAGAUAUUGAUGGUGAUGGUCAAGUAAACUAUGAGGAGUUUGUACAAAUGAUGACAGUAAAGUGGAGACAUUGUACAGAAUGUGUUAAAUUCCUUGUACAAAGUUGUUUACUGGCCUUUCCUUUGUUUGUAACUUAUCUGUGAAAGGUUCCCCCUGUCAAAAAAAAUGCAUGUUUUCUUCCCUUAUCCUACUGUUACUGUCCUGAAACCUUAUUUUAGAAAACUGAUCAAGUAACAUGGUGCCUGUGGCUUACUCUGGAUAUAUCUAAGCCCUUCUGCACAUCUAAGCUUAGAUGGAGUUGGUCAAAUGAGGGAACACCUGGCUAUGCGUUUUUAAGUAGUUUUCUUUAGGAACUGCCAGCAUGUUGUUGAAGUGUGGAACUGUAACUCUGCGUGGACUAUGGACAGUCAACAAUAUGUACUUAAAAGCCGCACUAUUGCAAAACGGGUGUAUUAUCCAGGUACUCGUGCACUAUUUUUUUGUUCUGCUGGUCCUAUAACAGAAACAUUUUUUUUUUAUUGUUACUUGCUUUUUAAACGUUUAGUCACUUAAAGAAAAUCUGCUUAUGGCACAAUUUGCCUCAAAUCCACUCCAAGUUGUAGAUUUGUUUUCCAAUUAAAAAAUUUUUUACCUGCCCCCCCGCCCCAAUACUAUCCAGCUGUCAGCCAGUUAUGCCGUGUGCAGUGGAGCAGGGAGGCUUUGCAGAGGGAAGUCCUGGCUCUGAGUCCUGGUUCUGUCUCUUCAUCUAUGAAGUGGGGAUAAGGGAAAACACUGCCUAUGUUGCUUUGAAACUGGGCUCAACUUCUGUGAAGCAGCUGGCAGAGUGCCUGACCCAAAGGAGAUGCUAGGAAGUGGUAGCUAUUCCCAUGGGCCUAGUGACAGGCCCACUACAGGUCCCAGCCAUGCCUGCUUCCUGCUCCUCCAUCACGCAGUACUCCUGGGCUGUGUGGCAUGGGAGGUGCCUUGGUGACCACGGCUGCUGCCUCAAUGACCUCUUGGUCACCGCUGCAGGCUGAGUGGCCAGGUAGUGGCCCCGCCUCCUCCCACACAGUCAACGAAGGUGAAAAGGACCACCGUUCUUCAGAGUCCGUCCUCAGUUAAGGACAUGGGAGGAACAGGGCUGCCUGGCAGGAGGGCUGGCUGUGGUUUUACAGAUAUGGACUCUGGACUAGAACCCAGCACCUGGCCUCACGACAGAAGCAGCAGAAACUGGGAUGUUUGAGGGGAGCGGUCCCUCACUGCUAACGAAAGCAAAAGCAUGCGGUAGGAAGACAACACACCUUUCCUGGACGGCUGUUGUGAAUCCCAAAGCAAGUUAUUCUGGGGACCUGUGGUGGGGGCCCCUGAGGGGCAUAUUCCAGCAUGCAUGCAGUCACUCAUUUAUUUACUCCCACCUAGCAUGUGCAGGUGGUCCUAGAAGCUGAUCAAGGAGCCAGAAAGUAGAGGCCUGAAGUCACUGUCCCCCAGGGCUCACAGAGCAGAGACUGAUAAUUCUGUCAACACCUCCUCUCUGGACCCAUGGUGACACCGCUGGAAGCAGGGGCCAUGCCCACCCCAGGUGAGAAUUGCUGCUCUAAGCUCCGAAAAUGAUGCCCAAAGGGAGAUGAGCCCCUACUCCCCCAUCUAGCCUGGUGAAAGUUUCAGACCGAAAGGCCAUUUGGGUCUGCUGCAGCCCGAAGGAUGCAAACCCCACACAAAGGAAGAACAUCAACUUGAUUACCACCCCAAAUGAUUAAUGACCAUUUAUGUGAUUCUAACUGUGACUGAUAUCAAAGGGCCGAUUCUCAAGACUGGAUGGGGCCUUAGAGGGGAUCAGAUUAAGCCCCAUGAGGUUCCCAAAGCCCUUCCACAACUCUGCAUCUGCUUGCACACCUACAGGGACAGGGAGCUCACCCCCUAACAAGUAGCCUGAACAUCAGUAAGUGCUUCCUCAGUCUGUCUUACUGCUGUUCCCAACCAUGGGUCCAAGGUGGGGGUGGCAGAAGGAAAAAGCUAUUAUGUUUAGGGCAGGGUAUUUCCUCUACCCCCCCCCCCCCCAACCCCUAGCACUGCUGACACCAGGGACAGGUCAUUCUCUGGGGAGCCAUCCUGGGCACUGUGGGGAGUGGAGCAGCAUCGUUGGCUCCCACCCACUCAAUGCCAGAAGCAUCCGCUGUUGUGAUAACCACAGAGGUCUCCAGACAUUGCUCCCAGUGGAGACCCCCUGGUUUAGGGGAAUCCUUAGGGAAAUAGUUGCUUCCAAAGACCAGUGAGCUCCACAGACCAACACUAACCUUUCCCAGCUGCUCAGCCCUUCAGAAAGUGCGGAGACAAAUACCCUCCAUACAGCCAUCUACUCCUUCCCCUGCUCCCACCAUCCUUCUCCCUUCCACCCAGCUGGCCUCUCCUUGUUGUGCAAACACAGCCUAGUCCUUUCUGCAGUGGCUACAUGCCCCACAGGGACCAGACCGCCCUGAGAGUCACAAAGCACUAGUUCCCGGAUCCGAUCUGGUCUGGGAAGAGCACGUACAAAAAGGCAUGGGAUCCAGAAAGAAUGGCCUGCAGUGAACAGACUGGGGAGGCUGCAUGCAUGGAGUGCACUGGUAGCAGAAAAAGGGAAAGGUGGCAAGGCCAAGAGGGUAGUCUCCUGAGACUGUGUGGUAGCAAGGAGCUGGGAAAGGGAUCAGAAGUCGAGAGUGGAAUGAUCAGAUAUGGGCUUACAGACCAGCAGAGUGUAGUGUGGAGGCAGGGACAGCAGUGGUGAGCAGGGGAACCAGGGAGCAGAUGCCUGCCUGUUCAGGUGAGAAAGUCGGCAUCCUGAAAAGAUGUGGGGUAGGGAGAGGAGAGGCCUCGUGUUGAAGCUGGAGUUGUAAGGGGAAGGGGGGUGGGGGAGAGUGGGUAGUUUGAGGUACGAGUGACCUCUUCUGGACACACUCAACCCAAGAUGCAUAGGAGAGAUGGACAGAGACACUCAGGAGAGAACUGGCCGCUGGCUACGUGGGCCUGGAGUUCAGGAGUAAGCUUUGGGCACCAGCAGCAAAUGAGGACAGGAAGCUAAGGGUGAAAAGCAGGCAGGUCAUCAAGGAGCACGUGUAGAAGAGCAAAGAGGCAUCUGAGUACAGAUUAACAAGGGCCACCACACAAGAACCUGUUCCUGACUGAUCAUAGCAACGCUAUUUAUAAUAGGCAAAAGGUGGAAACAGCUUGUGUCCACCAACUGUGAUGGACAAACAAAAGGGGAUAUAUCCAUACUGGAGUAUUAUUUAGCCACGAAAAGGGACGAGCACUGAAAGCAUGAUGUUCACUAAGAAGCCAGACACUAAAGGCCACAUACUGUGAGUCCAUUUAUGUGCAAUGUCCAUCCAGAGACAGAAAGCAGAUUUGUGGCUGUCAGAGGCUGGGGGGAUGGAUGGGGAGUGACUGCUGACGGGGAAGGGACUUCUUUUUGAGCUGAUGAAAAUGUUCUGGAACUAGAUAGUGGUGAUGGAUACACACACCUGUGAGCAUACUGAAAACCACGAAUUGUACACUUUAAAUGGGUAGAUUGUAUGGCAUUAGAAUUAUAUCUGAAUAAAGCUGUUAUCAACAACAA